UACUUAUCACUAAUGACGCGUAUUUUUUUUUUAAAUAAGCCAACGCAGCUCUACUGUCGUUGACGACCACGUAUAAUUCGCACCCUUACUCGAGUGUGUGAAUCAGCUUCCGAAGGUAACAUCGACACGGACACGCGAGACACGUACGUAGUAAAGAUGGAUACCACGCUCGGCCACAACUGAGGUUUCUAGAUUAUGUCGAAUAAGAGUGCAUCGGCAGCGGCCGCAAACCCUAAUAAUGAUUUUGAAGUCUCUCAGCCUCCCGAAAAUACCGUUUCGGCAAUGGAGUUCAGUCCGGCCACGAUGUGGCAAACCUAUCUCAUAUCGAGUGGUUGGGACAAUACCGUACGUUGUUGGGAAGUCGGACAGAGCGGCCAAACCGUGUCAAGAGCCAUGCAAUCGAUGUCCAUGCCAAUUCUGGACGUCUGCUGGAGCGGUGACGGUACAAAAGUUUUCAUGGCGUCUUGUAACAAACAUAUGAAUUGCUGGGAUUUGAAUAGUAAUCAAACAAUGCAAGUGGCAACUCACGAUGCACCUGUGAGCACUUGUCAUUGGAUCGAAACACCUUCUUACACUUGCAUCAUAACGAGCUCAUGGGAUAAAACAUUAAAAUUUUGGGAUCUUAGAAGUUCAGCUCCCAUGAUGACCGUUAAUCUACCUGAAAGAGCUUAUUGUGCUGAUGUGGUGUAUCCUAUGGCGGUUUUCGGUACGGCAUCAAGGGAUUUCGUUGUUUAUAAUCUAGAAGGAACUCCGUCAUUGUUGGGCACUAUUGUAUCUCCAAGUGCAAAUCAACAUCGUUGCAUUGCAAUAGUCAGGGAUAAAGUUACAAAAUCUCCUACUGGUUUUAGUUUUGGGGAUGCCUCAGGACAUAUAGGUAUUUUUUUAAACAUAAAUAACCAGCAAGGUCGAAGAGAAUUUUUUUCAUUUAAAUGUCAUCGUCGUAAUAUCCUGGAAGCACGUACCACGCAAAACAUUUAUGCCGUGAAUGAUAUUAAGGUUCAUCCAGUCCAUGGUACACUAGCAUCUGCAGGAUCUGAUGGCACAUAUGCAUUUUGGGAUAAGGAAAUACGUACAAGAUUAAUGGUAUCCAAUAUACUGGACCAACCAAUCACAAAAUGUUGUUUUAAUAGCAAUGGUCAAAUAUUUGCUUACAGCUCUGGAUAUGACUGGUCAAAGGGGCAUGAGUAUUAUAAUGCAACUGUAAAGCCGAGGAUAUUCUUAAGACUAUGCUUUGAGGAAAUGAAACCCAAAAUGGUACCUAGCUUAGAUUAAUUAUACGUUUUUUAAUGUAUUGAUUAAUUGAUUACAUUUUUAUUUUAUGUUUAAUGUACAUUAUUGUGUUAUUUUUUUAAUGUAUUCAGAGUACACACUCUCUAACAAUAAUAUAGAAUAUAGACAAUAGUGUAAAGCAUAAUUAGUUGAAUACUAAAUAUUUGUUUGCAAUUUACCUUCAUAAUAUCAAAAUUUUAAACAUAAACAAUAAACAUACC